AUGAGUCAAUCAUUUUCUGUACCUCCAUAUUUUGACGGAAGUAAUUAUGUUUACUGGAAGGUUAGAAUGCAUACGUUUCUUAAGUCUCUAGAUGAGCAUGUUUGGGUGAGUGUGCAAAAUGGUUGGAAACCUCCCUCCACUAUCGUAUCAGGAACUGUUAAUCUUACUGACAUAUCACUGUGGACUAAGGAUGAGAUAGCUGAGUGUAAUUGGAAUAGCAAAGGGCUUCAUGCCCUGUUUAUGGCCGUGUCUCCCGAAGAGUUUAGGAGAGUGUCAAUGUGCGAAUCUGCUAAAGAAGUUUGGGACAUUCUUGAAAUUACACAUGAGGGAACUAAAAUGAUAAUGAAUCUGAGACCAGUGAUAGGCAGGAAUCAUCUAGUAGUGAAGAUGAAGGGAACUAUAUGGCAUUUGUAUCGAUUGUCAAGAGAGAGUCUUAAGAUCAAAAAUGUCAAUGAAGCUCUACUAAAAAAGGUUGAUGAACUGGAAAGAGAAAAAGAGAGACUUGCUAGUAAUCUUCAAGAUUCACUUAAGAGUGGUAGUGAGUUAAAAUGUAUCAACGAAAAGUUAGAGGACAAGGUUAAGACAUUGGCUAGUGAAUUGGAAAAAUCUAAUGCUCAUCUUCAGACUUUCAUAAGUGGGACUAAGAAAUUGGAUAAUCUUUUGGGAAUGAAUAAGCCAGUGGGAGAUAGGAGAGGUCUAGGAUAUGUUAAGGGUAAUACACAUGUUGCUAGACCAUCUAAGAAUGUUUUUGUAUCUGCCUCUAAGAAGUCUAAUGCUGUCAGUAGUUCAAAUAAGGGUAAGAAUGUUCCGAGGGAACAGAGUCAUCAAUCACGUAGGAACAUCAUGCCCAAAUACCCACAGACACGUACCUUUGAGCCUAGGUUCAUUCCCACCUGUCAUCACUGUGGAGCUCUAGGACACACUAGGCCUAGAUGUUAUAAGUUAGGCAAUGAGCGUAGAAAUCAGAACAUUCCUAGUCAGGUUAGCUUUCUGUCUAAUCAGGUUAGUCAUUUGACUGAGAUGCUUACUAAGCUAACUAGGAGUACUUUGUCGCCUAAGAAAGUUUGGGUCAAAGAGGGUGAUCUAGCUAGACAUUCAGGUCAAGAACAUUGUUAUGUUGCUCAUGUUGCAUUAAAAGCCCAAAAUUACAAUAUGUGGUACCUAGACAGUGCAUGCUCUAGGCAUACGUGUGGUAACAAGGCUUUAUUCACCUCUCUUGAUGAAUGUAAUGGGGGUAUGGUUAUCUUUGGAGAUGGGGGUUCUGCACCUAUUCUUGGCAAAGGUACUGUACAAAUGCAUGGAUUACCUGUGAUUUCUAAUGUGCUUUAUGUGGAAGAUCUAAAGUCUAACUUGUUAAGUAUUAGUCAAAUUUGUGAUACUGAUUUUGAGGUUAGCUUUGUGCAAAAGAGAUGUACUGUGAGUGCAAAAAUUGAUGCGAGUGAACUUUGGCACAAAAGAUUGGGUUAUUUGAACUAUAAAAGUCUAGUACAGCUGGCUAAGAAGGAGUUGGUAGAUGGUUUGCCUAAGAUAGGUCCUAGUGAAAAUGUUGUGUGUGGACCAUGUCAACUAGGUAAACAACUUAAGAGAAGCCAUAAAAAGACUUCUAAAAUCUGA